AUACUAUGGGAAAUGAACUGUGGUAUGGACCAGAUAGAGUGAAGUAUUUGGGGCCCUUUUCAGCUCAGACACCAUCUUACUUGACAGGUGAGUUCCCUGGUGACUAUGGUUGGGACACUGCUGGUUUGUCUGCUGAUCCUGAGGCCUUCGUCCGGAACAGGGCUCUUGAGGUAAUCCAUGGGAGAUGGGCAAUGUUGGGAGCACUAGGCGGCAUCACGCUAGAAGUACUCGAGAAACGGGUUCGGGUUGAUUUCAAGGAACCAGUGUGGUUCAAGGCAGGAGCUCAAAUCUUUUCGGAAGGUGGCUUGAAUUACUUAGGCAACCCGAACCUGGUCCAUGCUCAAAGCAUCCUCGCUGUCCUCGGAUUCCAAGUCGUCCUGAUGGAGCUCGAAGGAUUUUGCAUCAACGGCCUCCCUGGUGUUGGGGAAGGCAACAAUCUUUACCCCGGAGGCCAAUACUUCGACCCUCUUGGCCUUGCUGAUGACCCCGCCACGUUCGUGGAACUUAAGGUGAAGGAAAUCAAGAAUGGAAGGCUGGCCAUGUUCUCCAUGUUCGGUUUCUUUGUUCAAGCCAUUGUUACCGGGAAAGGUCCCUUGAAGAACCUAUUGGACCACCUGGACAACCCUGUUGCAAACAAUGCUUGGGUCUAUGCUACCAAGUUUGUGCCUCGAUCCUAAAUUUGCAUUGUUCUU